UAUAAACCAACGUUGAUUCCGAAUCUCACUAGUUGUUUCUUUCUUCAGUCAGUUCUUAGACUCGUCUAGGAGGACACCGGUAUUUGAUAUGGCACAACAUCAACUCAACUUCCUCAGAACAUGGUGUCUUGUUUCAGCAUUAUUUCAUGUUCUGACUAUGUGUAGUGAGUUAGACGACGCUAUAGAGCUCUUCGCUCAAACACUAGGAUCCAGCGAGCCGGAAGAGAACAACCCUGCCCUUCCUGUUAAAGUACCAGACCUAACGGAGAGUGACGCUGAGGAAAUUCUGGAUCAACUUGGUUUCGACGCAAUCGCCAACACUCGAGAACCUGGUGGUGUCAGAAAUAAAUUAUCGCAGUUCCAGAAACUUUACGGACUACAAGAAUCCGGUGAACUGUGCAAUUCGACGAAAAUAUUACUGAAAAUACCAAGAUGUGGCGUAAGUGAUGUUGCUGCUCUCGGAGAGGACUUCAAAUGGGAUAAAAGCUUCCUAACAUACUAUGUAAGAAACUUCCCCAUGAAUGUUGCCUCGAGUUCCGUGAGGCAACUUUUGCAAAAUGCUUUCAAUCAGUGGAGUGCGGUGACCAAUCUGGAUUUCAUCGAAUCCGAAAACCACGAUGCAGACAUUGAGAUUAUAUUUGGAGGACGCGUCCAUCCACACCGGUGGGAAUCUUGUGCGACAGAACUGGGAUCGGGAAUUUUGGCUCACGCGUUUUUUCCCACAACAGGAGCGAUUCACUUCAACACGCAGUUCUUUUUUGGCUCUAGGAACGAAGACGACUUCUUCAACACAGCUAUGCAUGAGAUCGGUCACGCCCUUGGGUUGGAUCAUUCGGUUAACCCAGCAUCGAUUAUGUACCCGACCCUCGUCGCUCGAUAUUCUGAGAUUCCACAGAUUGACGCUGAGAAAAUUCAGCUGAAAUACGGUAAACGUGACCAUAGAUCAACGACAUUCAUACCGAAAUUUUGCAAUUUGGACAAGUACGAUGCCGUUCUGUACGAUAACAGCGGGAAGUUGUCUUUCAUUUCCGGGAAAUACCUUUAUUUGUCGAUGACAUCUGAUAAACCCCCAAUUUCACUAGGCGAACAGUGGCCUGGAGCUCCCGAUCGUUUGGACACUGCGGUCACCAUCGGCUCCCACACGUACCUUUUCAGGGAUGAUCAAGUAUGGGCAUUUGUGGCCGAUAAGCUAGAACUCGGCUAUCCCAGACCGAUACGGCGAACAUUUCCCGGACUGCCGCGUCACUUGGACGCCAUCGUACACUUCGGAAGCAAAUACCUGUUUGGAUUCAAGAACGAACAUUUCUGGCGGUACAAUGUAGCGCAAAAGAUGGUUGAUCACUCGGGAGAAGUGCGGGAUUUUGGAGUUUCCGGCCAAAUCGAUGCGUCGGUUUACGAUGAGCAGCGAAAUGAGAUAAUUUUCUUUAAAAAAGACUUGAAAUAUGUUUACAACUGUGACACUCUUAAAACGACUGCGGAUUAUUCUCGGAUGGACGGAUGUUAAUAUGAGAUUGUGAUUUAGAAUUUUACACCAAUCAGAUGAUAUUGAAAAUAGUAUGAAGUAAAUAAACCCAAGU